GAGCCGACCAUGGGAAUCCCUGCUGGCGAACCAUGGGGUGGCGGCGACGGUGGUAGAUGGCGACCAGAAGGGAGAGGCCGUUUCCAGAGGCCGGACGGUAUAGAGUCCGGAGUAUAUCGACUGUGUCGCCUCAUCUACAAGUCAAUCAGGCUCGCGUGCCGGCGGCUCGUGAGGCCGGCUGGUACACGUAAGGGCUCUUUGGUGAUGUACGACAGCGCUAGCUGUUCGUACGCAGGUGCGCUCGAAUUAAAGGGAGCCUCCGGGGCCGGAGCCGCGGCCGCGGCCGCCGCCGGUGUAACCGCGGCCGGCGUCAAGCAGGAGAACUGGCCGUACCGCGGCCUCACCUGCGGCAGCACCUUUCAACGACUUAAGGAAAGCGUCGACAAGGCGAAGCAGGCCCUCGCCGAUCGCAGUGGUUACCUGGCGGGUGCGUUUUCGCCGCCUCCGCGCGCCAACCCGUCCGCCAUUUCGCCCACCGCCUCCAUCACCGAUGCUGGCAGCUCUUACAAAGGAGGCUGGAGCCACGCCACGUCGCCGGCACCUGGUCAGGGCUAUGGAAGCAGCUUAUCAAAGACAGCACUGGACACGCACAGCCAUCUCAGGCAGCCUGAUCCCUACCAAAUGUUCGGGGCGACGAGCAGUCGGCUCGCGAGCUCUGGUUCCGGACAGAUACAACUCUGGCAGUUUCUACUCGAGCUGCUGUCGGACUCGAGUAACGCCGCGUGCAUCACGUGGGAAGGAACCAACGGCGAGUUUAAGUUGACCGAUCCCGACGAGGUGGCGAGACGAUGGGGCGAGAGAAAGUCCAAGCCUAAUAUGAAUUACGACAAAUUGUCGAGGGCCCUGAGGUACUACUACGACAAAAACAUCAUGACGAAGGUGCACGGCAAGAGGUACGCGUACAAGUUCGAUUUCCAGGGGCUGGCGGCCGCGACGCAGCCGGCGGCGGCCGAUCCGGCGGCGUACAAAUAUCAGAGCGAGCUCUUCAUGUCCGGUUACGGCCACGCGAAGCUGAACCUGAUGCCGCCGCCGGCGGCGUCGGUCUCGGUUUCCGUUCCCGGCGGCCUCUUCCAGUCGGCGUCCAGCUACUGGUCGACGAGCCCGGGCGCCAACUUGUACGCCGGCCAUCACACGGCCUCCGGACACGUGCCACCUCAUCUCGGCACCUAUCCGCAUUACGCAUGACCCGCCGCCGAGCACUGGGGUGCCCUGGGCACGCCGCGUUGAAACGUUUCUAACUGAAAAUGUACGGAGUACCCGCAAAAUCCGCCACCGCCGACCGUCGCGCGCCGUCACCAUCGCCGUCGGCGGCAUGUGGAAAACGUUUAAAUUGCGCACCACUCGGCCCCCCCUUAUUCCACCCCCUUCGCCCCCCCCCCCCGCCCCUCGCAGGCUCGGCCGACGCAUUGUUUGCAGGUAUUUGCACGAAUCUGUCCGUACCGCGUACUUGCUUGGAACAUUAUAUCCCUCUCGCGAUUGAUUUUUCAAAGCAACCGUCACAUUUCUGGACGAUUCAGAUAAAUUUGAAUAACAAAGUGAAUCAUGAUCUGAUGAUUAAGUUUUAAAGUCUUUUUGUGUUAUAUUCAGUAUGUACCUUGUUUCAACAACGCUCAAAAAUUGUUUAUUUAAUAGUCUGUCUCUUGACUGCAUCAAAAAUUAAAAUUAAGUAAUACAUUUAAAAGCAGAGAAUCAAUAUCAAAUUUCUUACUAAUAAGUCUAAUGAUGAAGAAAUUAUGAAAUUGUUGAAAGAUAUUUGCAGAGAGGAAAGAAACAAUGGCGCGGGUGCUAUUGUCUCACAAAGUGAUACAAACAUUUAUUGAGUUGAAAGAACUUUUCAACUGACAUCUCUACCGGUAGGUACACAUUUCAAUUGAAGAGUUUCAAGAGUGCUUCUAAACAUGGAAACGUAGGAUGUUUAUAGCGUGCAGGAGAAGCCUACUUUGAAAGAGAUAACAUUAAUUUACAUGAGAGUGAGUCGCAUGCAAAUAAUCUAAACUAAAUUUUGUCGACGGACUAAAUAUCGGACGUGUAUUUGUGUUUGUAAUUAUACCAAUUCAAGUUUCUCGCAAGCCAUAGUUGUAUUUGUACUAAAUUUAAAGGAAGUAAAGACGAUUUACGUUGGCCAACUCUAACACAACUACUGCCACAUAUCGGGCCGCAAGUAGUGAUAUAACUUUAUGAGCGAACGUAAGUAGUAACGGAAACGACAAAUAACAAAUGCAGACAUCUGUUCAGCGACGCAUAUAUAAAAUUAAUUAAAAAUACGUACCUGUAUACUUUUUCGAAAAACUUUAAACAAAUUUUGAUCAUUAAAGUUCUCUGUUGUAAAAAAAAAGAGAAAAAUUUAAUGAAGGAAGAGUUUUUCUAAAUAUUUAUUCAAGUAACAAUCUUCUUUCCAAUUUCGAUAUUCGAAUAAUGCAGCGAUUUCUUCGCAUUUAUUGGCAAAAUAUUAAAAUAAUAAAAACAACGCGGAUGAAACAUACAUAUUUACGCGGGAAACAUUGGAGUCGCGAGACGCAUUUGGACAGAUCAAACAUCGAAAUCAUGCGGUGGUCUCAACAAAGUGUGCAAUAUCGAAACGAACCUAAAGAGAGACCGUCGUAAUUUUUGUCUUUCGGUACAAUACCAAAAACAAUGCGUCGCAAUCAGUGAUCAUUUAUGCGCACAGCCUGUGCACAGAGGCGAUCCUACGUAACGAUUGCACCACGGACUCUGAUUCGCGGCCGACGGGGUGCGCCCAGAAAAGAAAAAAAAGAAAAAAAGAUUAUUGUAAGAACGUUGUACAUACAGUAUAAUGCAUUACGUUAGUACAGGGUGUGCGUCCGUGAGAAAAUUCGCAUGAAUCUGUUUACCGUUAUCGUGUUGUCGCUAAACAUAAUACGUGCGUCCUUUUUUUUUUUUUUGAAAAACAGUUCACAAGUUUUUGCGUUGAAGAUUAACCAUCGGUUCCUCAAUGAUUCUUUGCCAAAUAUCCAUACCAAAGAAAACCGGCUUCCUUUGCAGGUGUAGCUAUAUUAAGCGACCGUGUAAUUUAAAACUCAUCAUAUGUAAAAUGUUGUUUCUCCAAUAUUCAUUUUCCAUUCUCCGUUGUUUCGUUUGUCAUCUUAUCUAGUCAUGCAUUUAAUGUUUUAAUAUUUUUCCAUCAAAGUGCGAAUCCCGAUGUCAUUCGCGAAGAUAUUAAGCCUGAGAGUAGUAGGGCACGUAAUCGCAUGACGGUAAAUUGAACAUGCGAAAUAUCGUUUGGUCCAAGAAAACGUGAACUCGUACGCGAAAUAAGAAGCCGACAAAAUUCCACGACAAAAUUCCGUCGGCGUUUACGAUUGGAUUAAAUCGGGCGUGUGUACGUUAAAACGUAAAAACCUAUCACCGUGUCGUUCGAUAACAGGCCUGCCAGUUACCGAUGUACGCAUGCUCGAUUCAACCCAAAGCGCUAAUACGUGUAUCAUAAACUCUUUUAACUUAUUAUUUGUUACGUGAAGAAAUGGGUAGAGAUGCUACAUAAGGGGCAAAAACAAACGAUGGGCGUGCAAGAAACGAUUAUCGAAAUACGCGUAAUAUUUCUACAACCGUUCAGUCAGUAUGCCGGCGCUCGCCUGCAAGCGCGAAUCUCUCGUUCUUUUAACGUAAUUUUACAACGAAACCGCAUAUUAACCAUAUAUUCUCAUCAUCCGUCGUUGAGAGAGGUAGAUAAUCAAAAAGUACAACGUUUAAGUCAUAUCAAUUGACGGCACGCGCAAUCAGAAUCAAAAUCUCUCACCCCCAUCCUUUUUAAUGUCGCGUGAAAUAUGUGGCCGCUCUACCCACAUCGAGACGAAGGAUGGAUUGCCGAAACCGAAUUCAAUCCUGAUCAGGCAGCGCAUACGGAUUCGUAUUUCGGAGCUAAAGUUAUCAUGAAUAUAUCACACAAAUAACAAUCUCUUCUAAUCUAUUCCAGAACAAGCAGCCUUACGAGGGUAAAUACUCAGAAUACUCAGAAUACUCAGAAUUAAACACUAAAGUUCUUUUCCACUGUUUAGCAUUACAUAAUACUGGUUAGAAAAAGUUAUUAUAUAUAUUACAGUAAUACAGAUUUUUUAAAGAAAAAAAAUAUAAUUUUUUAAUGUAAUAUUUAACCUGUUGAAAAUCUGCCGAUAGAACAAUGUUUUAAUUAGAUAUUAUUGCGCAUUUUAAGAACGAAACGAAGAUUUAAUUAUUUGUCUGUUGUAAUGAAAUAAAGUCAUUUAAAAAACAUAAUAUUUUGGACAAUUAAUAAAGAAAUGACUUUACAGUUUUAAAGAUUAUACGAAGUGUUUAAUGCUAAAGCUUUUCUUCAAGUAAAUUUCAAAAAGAUCAAAAUCAUUCAUAGCACAGAGUCUAUUAUAUCUUGGGAUAAUUAGGAAUUAAAAAGUAAAAUAAAGAAGAAAAGAAUCUACAAUACAGAUUGGCCGUAAAUACUGGCAAUAGGUAAAAAAACUGACUGUAUCGCUCAUCACCAAUCUUUUCUUAAUGAUCUAAACACCGAUGCUUAGAAGUCUCUGAAAGCCGUGAACACAAGCAUAGGUUGGCAGCCAGAAGAACAGGAGAAGAUGCGAUUUUCUCCCUGCGAAUGUCGCGUGUCGGCAAUCCGUCCUCGGGAGAACGAAGGCGUACCUCGUAUCGAAGAGAAGCGUAACUCCUUAAGACGUAUACUGUACCAUACUACUCGUAAGUGGCCCUAAGCAUUCCUAGAGUAAUUUUAACGAUUAGCGCGGCCCCCGAAUGGCCCGUGGGACCGAUCGUGCGAUCGGCACCGCGACGGGAAACGGUCGUUAUCCAGCAGACGGUUUCCGGAUCGGUCCAACGGGUCGAGAGCGCGAAGGGCGCUCAUGUAGAUAGGGUGUUUUCAUGUGUAGCUUAGGCGUGUAGAGAUUUUAGUCUUAGCGCGAGGGUGAAAAGUGAGUGAAUGAAAUUCAGAAACGAAAGAGAGAGAGAGAGAGUGGAGUAAAGGCGUGUGUAUUAUUACGUGUAUUUGCGUGUGUACUCGAGCAGGCGUGAUUUCGAGAAUGGAGGUGAAUAAUAAUAACUGCGAUGACUAUACGAUGACGACGAUGACAAUGAUGGAUGAGUGAGUGGAUAAACGAGGGAUGUCUGGUACUAGCGUAGAACGCGUUAGGUUAGAUAGAUAAGCGAUCCCCCCUCCCUCCCCCCCCCACACCCGCCCGCUAUCGAAGGCCCGAAGGACACGGCUUCUCAUCGCUAGCAUGAUAGCGGAAUCGGAGAAGGCACAACGGAAUAGAUCUCUAUGAGAGAAUCGCGGGAACCGCACCCGGGAAAUCGGGGGGAGCGCUGUUGUUGUUCUUGUUGUCGUGCGCUUGUAUUAAAGUCGCCAUGUUCUAAUUAAACGUGCCGACGGGGUUGUAUCAGUCGUCGGCAAAAUCAA